AAAAAGGAACAACAAAAUGGAAUCGAACGUUGGAGAGGAUUUGACACAAAGUCUGUGGAUGCGGAAAAUGUGUUAAAAAAUGAAGAAUCUUCGUUUCUGGCAAACAUACUACGGGAAAUUCUCUACAGUCCCAUGAACUUGGCUCUUUUAGCCAUUAUCUGCUUCUUGGUUUAUAAAAUUGUUCGGGAUCGCACAGAAGUACCGAGUGUCGGUGCCCCAAAACCAUCUGAGCCGGAGCUACCAAAAAUACGGCGAGAUUUUACGGUUAAAGAACUCCGGCAAUACGAUGGAAAUCAGCCUGAUGGUCGCGUUCUGGUGGCAGUCAACGGCAAUAUUUACGAUGUUAGCAAAGGAAAGCGAUUUUAUGGUCCAGGUGGUCCAUACGCUACGUUCGCUGGAAAAGAUGCCUCUCGCAAUUUGGCCACAUUUAGCGUAAACUCCAACGAUAAGGAUGAGUACGACGACCUGAGCGAUUUAACUGCUGUGGAGAUGGACUCUGUAAGGGAAUGGGAAAUGCAAUUCAAAGAAAAAUAUGAACUAGUGGGCAAGCUAUUGCGAAAGGGUGAGCAACCAACUAACUACGAUGAUGAUGAGGACGACGAUAAUGCCGCAAACGUAGAGGACGCCACUACUCCCGCUACUGAUAUUUUAAACGAUCAAAACGAAGGUGCGCGAAAACGUCAGCCUGACAGGUCAAAAACGGAGGCUAAUGGUCCUAAUGCGAGCACAACUAAGGCGGAGAAUGAAUCUACCGAUUGUUAGCACGCCCAUAUACAUGCAUCUUUUUUUUUUUGUUUUGUUAGAAAAACAUACAUACGU